UUUAACGUCUAGAAAAUCCUAUCGUCAGAAAGUAAUUCACCAGACACUGCAAACUUAGAGCCAUACCGUAUGGUUAAUGGAAUCGGUGAUAUUGUUCCUUGAUAACUGCUGUCAUUGAAGAGGUAGAUUGAUCAGCAGUGGACAGAAGGGCCGUUCCAGCAGUCCAUAUUCAGCAUCAACGUUCUCUUUCUCUCUGAUCUCCAUCAUUCCAUAUUCAGAAGGCAAGCCAGCCACUACAGAUCCAGAACAGCUACAGCGCCCGACGGUCAGCCAGUAGUCACGAGGGACUACUUCGCUAUCGACGUCUGCUCAUUGACCUUUUACAUUUACAUGAGAGUUUUCUUCGUAACAUUUCAUUCUGGUAUCUGGUGACUAGUUGAACUGCGGUCAACGAUGGACAGUGUAAACGUGCACUCUUUCCUCCCGCUUCUUUGGGCCAGCAAGUUCGGACCUAGCUUACCUUGGCCGGCUACUGUCACUUUCGAUUCGUCAAAGAUGCCUCCAGAUGUAGGUAUGAAUGGGGAUCUGUCCAAUGACACUCAAGACAGCACUACUAGUCAUGAUUCUGGUGACUUACCUCUAGAUGGGGAUGCUGACUCAGACAGAGCACUCAAUCUUGCUAUGGAUGAUGAUGAUGAACCAAUUGAUGCUACAAUUCACUCAAACCAAGCAAGCAAGGAUAAACACGUGUUCAAUGGUCAGUUGCUUAAAACAGAAGUGUCAGCUUCUCACACUAAAUCAUCCACUCAUCUGCCCAUUGAAACAACCUCAUCUACUUCACUUGCCAUUUCACCUACAUCAGUGGUGAGCACCACAACAGCUGAUGCUUUAGCAGCUGCUACAUCAGCUGCAGGACAGCUGUCAUUAAACCAGUUAAUGGCUACCCCCAGUCAACAGUCAAUGUUACUACAAGGACUGGCACAACAGUUUCUGAUGGGAAAGCUUCCAGUAUCCUCUGGCUUACCGGGUCUACAUCUUAGUCCACAAAACAUUCAACAACUCCAGCAGCAGCAGCAGAGUCUACAGAAUAUGAGUCAGUUUGUGUACCUCCAACCCAAUCACUUGUCUGCCAACAUGCAAGCUCAGUUAUUUCUCCAAAACCAAGGACUUCUGAUGCAGCAGUCUUUACAGAAUUUACAGUUACAAGCAAACCAAGCUGCUGCCGCCUCCCUUCCUCAAGGGGUAUUAACAUCACAAGUAGCAACAGCUGCUGUGACCCAACAACACUUACAACAACUUCAACAGCAUCACUCUCAGUUCUCCAAACCACAGCAAGAACUACAAGGCCUCUCAUCCCUCUCUCUAGCCCAACCUAAGAAUGUAAAUGUGACCUCACAAGUCAAAUCCCGAGUAAAUGAGCCCAGUUCUGAAGAGAAUAUGGAUUUGGAAGAAUUGGAACAGUUUGCCAAGAGUUUCAAGCAAAGGAGAAUAAAGAUGGGGUUCACUCAAGGGGAUGUGGGUCUAGCCAUGGGCAAACUAUAUGGAAAUGACUUUAGUCAAACCACCAUAUCCCGAUUUGAAGCACUUAACCUCAGCUUCAAAAAUAUGUGCAAACUGAAACCACUUUUACAGCGUUGGCUAGAAGAUGCUGAUGCUUCUCUUAAUAAUCCAGCUUUACACACACAUGUCAAUAACUCACCUGAUGCUAUUGGAAGGAGACGGAAGAAAAGAACUAGCAUUGAAACUAAUGUACGAGUAAUGCUAGAAAGAGCCUUUAAACAGAUGCCGAAACCAACAUCAGAUGAAAUUACCAUGCUUGCAAGGUCACUAGCUAUGGAUAAAGAAGUAGUUCGUGUGUGGUUUUGCAACCGUCGCCAAAAAGAGAAACGAAUAAACCCAGCAACUUCAGUUCUUGACUCCUUUUCAGCUUCACCUGUAACCCCUAAAAGUAUUUCUUUGGCUGUUGCUGCUACAUCGUUUGGUGUUUCAUCAGGGUCAAACUCUCCUGGCUCUUCCCAUGAUGUGACAUCAACAGCAUCAUCUUUGAGCGGUGUUUUUCCUGCCCUAAUACCCAUAAGCUCUGCUCAACUCGCUACCUCAAUUACCAUGACCCCUCCCAGUGCUUGAAAUACAUAACAUUGCAAAUUCUACUGCCAGAGUGACACCCUAUCAAGAAAAAUUGAUAGUUUUUUUUUAUUGGAAUUAUUCUCAGACAGUUAAUAGCAUGACACUGAAUGAGAGCAAACAAUUGUAAAUAAUUGUUUUCUUGAAAAAUUGCUAUACUAUAGUUCCUAAAGGAAAGUGAUCAUUAAUAUUAAUAUUGUGGCAAAGCUUCAGAGUUAAAGAUAUUCAACUUUGAUUGAUUUUAAACGGGUAAAUAAAAUAUAUACUUAUACACACAUAUAUAUCAGAGAAGAGAGCAGCAGUCAUUUUGGUGGUGAUGGAUACCGUUAAACAACAAGAUACCUCUAAACAACUUGUACGUGAUAGUAACUCAUAAAUACAUACCUCAGUGCUAAACUGUGCAAAUAUAGUUAGUAUUGACUGUGUUAGAGAAAUACCUGAUACCUGCUGUGACUCAGGGAAUAUCAUAUUUUAUUCUGUCAUUGGUUUCGAACUGAAAGGUUAGUGCAUAACUGACAUUUUUUACUGCAUAAGUCUAUAGCUACAAAAAAAGUCAAAGGCCGACCCACUUCAUCUGAGAUUUUCAAAACAAACCGUGUUUUCAUGUUCUUUUUUAGUUUGUUCACAUAUGGAAACUUGGAAUACUCCAAAUUAGCUUCUGUUCAUCAGAAUUUAUGAGAAACUAUAAAGUUUUCAUGGAAAUUUUCUACUAGAACUUCAUAAUUUGCGGGUUUUUUUACUUUCUUUUUGUGUGUGUCUGUGGAUAAACUGGGACUAUAUAAUAGUUGAAACAGUAUAUCCAGGUGUUUAACAUAAUUGUUUGUACCUGACAAUAUACUUUGUAACUGUGGUGUGAUAUUACAAACAUUUCGUUUUCUUACUGUUAAACUGUUAGUAAAUUAUGCUUAAGCUAGAUUUCAAAGAGUUAAGUUGUGGCAUUGAAGUAUAUCUAUUAAGAAGGAUGAGGAUUCUCCUUUGAGGUACACAAACAUAGAUACAAUACCUUGUUAUCAUAUUGUGGCACUUGUUAUUUCUCUACAGCUUAAACCAUGUAAUGUUUUUGUCACUGUUUGUAUAUAGGUCAUUAAUAAGAUGUGCUUUCAGUGGGUUUAUAGUUUAAAAGUGGUAAUGAUUUUUAUACAGACAAAAUUCCCAAGUAGACAGAUCCGGCUCCUCUCCUUUAGGGGUCAGUGGAGCUUUUAUUGACUCUUCUUAGAGAUUUCAAAAAUCAAUACAAUUUUUUAAACCUAUAGGAAGAAAGAAAUUAAGUGGGCCAGAGUGAAAUUUGAGGGAGCAUGGUCACCCCAGUACCCUCUAGUGCCCGACCCUGCAUGUAAAUAUAGUCAUAAAAGACAGAUUUAGCCAAUAUUUGUCUUGUGCACUGAAUCAAACCAGCCAAUCACUUUUUUUUCUCCCAUGUGUACUAUUUAAUCUGUCUAAAAGAUUGUUGGUAGUAAGCAGUGAAGAAAGAAAACAAAGCAAUUAAGUCCUUUAGUUUAUCAGUCAUGUUAUUGAAUGCUUGGGAUUAUUUUGUUAUAGGGGAUUGAUGUGAAAUACAUUUGCCUUCAUAUCUCUUUCUAUCACAUCAUGUUGCUUGUUAAUAAUUAUCUGAUAGCUAAUUAUGCUUAUUUUUGGAAUAUGUAUCACGUGUGUACAAGUUUUAAGUUUUAACACUUCAAGGUCCGAAUAUUGGAAACUUGCCAAUGUAGAACCAUUUGUUUUUCAGAGCAAAUAACAGGAAAGUUGUUGGUUCUAAUUUUUUAUACGGUGCAAUGCUAUAACAACUCUGAAGACCAAGAUAGUAGUUAUUUUUUAGGAAACCAGAAAGACUGACUAAUAUGAUACGUACAGUAAUACCUCAUUGAACUUCAGCUAGUUACUAAAUUAAUUUCUUUUGUUUGCUUGAAAUAAUUGCAAACGAUAAUAUUCUCAAAUUUUAAACAUCACGAUAUGGCUGAUUGUGAUCAUAUUUAUAUAUUUUGGUUUCUUAUCAUCUGUCUUUUGGUUUAUAGUAACUGUCUUCAUACUGCACCUUGUCUUUGUCUAAAAUACCUCAUUAAAGGAAAAAGUAAUUUUGAUUUUAAACUAUUAACAUUUUCAUUGACUUAUAUAUAUUUAUCUAAAGACCUUCAAAUAUCUUAGGUGUUUUAUUGUUUCAAAGAAUAUAAGCAAAAUAGUAAAUAAAUUGUGGGCUACACUGUAGACAACUAUGUAACUAGACAACUUAAUAGUUUAUAUUUUGAACAAAUGAAUGACAUCUUUGGUAAAAGAUAAUUUACUCCAAAUUUCUUGUGUUGGAAUAAGCACUCAGUUACCUUAAUUACAUAACUUUUUUUUCUCGGCAUAUUCUAUGUUGGCAAGGGAAAACUGUUAACAUCUGUUUUUACCUAGAUGGGGUAACAAUAUCAGGGGUUUUUAAGUGUCUUAAAGCCUUCCUUGUGGGGCUUGGUUGUGGUUCCUAAAUAAAUUGAUAUCUUACAUUUCAAAGGCCAGGUCACAAAUCUCAGAAUAUGUGGGCAAAGGAAAUACUCUAUUUUGGCAAAAAAUGUUUAUUCCCACAUUGAAGUGUAUUUGACAUCUGGCUUACUAUGAUUGUGAUGAAAUUAUUCACAGUAUUGAAACAUGCAUACGUAAACACAAUAACAGACAUCAGUAACCAAUGAUUGGAAAAAAGGGGUUCUUUUCAUGGUCAGGAGUUGAUUUGGUGGUACUCUUUAACACAGAGAUGGAUAGUUAGGUAUUGAUGAUUUGGUGGUAUUCUUUAACACAGAGAUGGAUAGUUAGGUACUGAUGAUUUGGUGGUACUCUUUAACACAGAGAUGGAUAGUUAGGUAUUGAUGAUUUGGUGGUACUUUUUAACACAGAGAUGGGUAGUUAGGUGGUGAAUGUUGUUUGAAGUGCACAAUCUAAAUCACUGGGAAAUUUAUUCUAAAGUCUACCUCAAGCAUUAACAAAUCAAAAUUAAUGUACUUUUCUUGCUUUUUCUUUAAUGAUUAUAAUUAUUACUGAAAUGUUUAUAUAAUAUAUACAUCUAGGUGAUAUGAUGUUUUUAAAUGAAAGGUUUGCUUUUGUUUGUGUGCAUACCUCUUGUUCAAGCUAUAUGUCAAGCCCUUUGUGAGGGUCUCUGAGCCUGGCUCAUACCUCAUGGUUGUGUUCUUAUAAGAAAUAUCGUUUUCUACCAAUUAAAAAGAGAACAGUUCUUUUAAAGGUAUUUCAAAUUGUGCAAGUUGCCUAGUAGCAAGGAUAAACUAUUUCAUAUUGUAAAUCAUUUAUAUAUGUAUUCAAACCAUGUGUAUAAAAAUAAGCUAGCUUGCAUGCUCUUGAAUUUUUCUGUAGAUCAGGAUCCUGAUUGGUAAUCCAAGAAUAGAAAGGUUUAAAUGUGACUUGAAUUUCUUGGAAUAGAAUCUUCAUAACCAUGGGCACUAUUCAGGUUGGAAACUAUGUUAAAGCAAUCACUUUGUGUUCUCCUAUUUCAAACCCAAGUUACGCCAUGUUAUAAAAUGCCAAGUUCUUCUUUUGUAGCCCUCAAUGCAAACAUACAGAGCAGCUUUUUUUAAGGAUAAAGGCUACAUAUUGAUAGUAUAACAGAAAGCUUCUUGUUGACAUCACUCUGUCUUCAUUAAUUGUCUCAAGAACAUGUAUAUUUUUCUUAUGCAUACACUUAACACAUAAGCUGUUUAUAGGAUUUUAGAAGAAAGAAAACUGUAAAUUAAAAAUUACGUUGAAAAAUCCAUUUUUCUAUGGAUAAUGAUAAAAGCGAUACCUUGAUAUCUACCUGCCCACUGAGAUCCGCAAGUGUUGUUUAUGUAUGUUGUUUAUCUAUGGAUAAUGAUAAAAGCGAUACCUUGAUAUCUACCUGCCCACUGAGAUCCGCAAGUGUUGUUUAUGUAUGGUGAUCUUAGCACAGCUUUUUUUUUUACAGUUAUGGGCAUCUCCACUGAGAGCUAGGUAUAUUGAUGCCAUCAACUUCAAGAACAGUACAUUUAUUUUUAUUAUAGAUACUUGUAAUGUUUGUUAGUUCUUUUUUGUGUCAACUGUAUAGUAAAAAAAAAAUGCUUAACAGUUGAUUAGAAAGAAAACCACUAGAAAUUAAUGCUUAUGGUUUGUCAAAUUAUGUAUGUGAUGAUAUGUAAACCAGGAAGAUUUAAGAUUAACAGAAAUGAUAAUAGAUGAAAAUGACUUCUAACAUUUGAUUUGCCACCUAGUCAGUGUAGGGAAAUUUUCAAAGAAAAUGUUUGGAUUAUUCUUGUUUGUUUUCAUAUUUUCUGUAUGAGAGAGUUAGCUUUACUACUGAUAGAUAAGGUGCUAAUUUAGGUUUGAAAACAUUCCAACUGUUAAAUUAGAAUCUUCUUGUUCAUACAUAUAAGAACUUUUUCUUUGGUUUAAUUUUUGUUAUUUAAAUAACUCUAGAAACAAUCAAUGAGGGAAAAAGCUUUUAUACAAGAAAAUCUUCUUGUUUUUUAUUCCACGUACAAUAAAAAUUUAAUUUUAUUGCAUAGACCAUGAAUAUAACCAGAUUUCUUUAUUAUUUUUUAUUAGCAUCAGCAAAAUUGAGUAGACAAGUCUGUAGAUGGGCUAUCAGUUUGUUAUGUUAAACUUCUAUGUACAGGUAUUGAGGGCAAUAAA